AGGAAGUCGAGAGGCGCUUCAAGCCCUAUUGCCUUGCGAGGCUGCGUGUCAGCUACUGCGCACAGCUGCCCACUUCACCUUGGACCUCCCGGGUUUCCCUUGCACUGCCGGAUCAGCGAUCACCAGAAGAGUAGCCGGAGCGCGACGGAGCAGUGAGAGGGAGUCUCCGGAGGAUGAUUUUGCUUCUUCGAUUCUGUGGCCCUGCUUUCUGGCUGCUAUAGCUGUCCUCCUGUCUCUUUCUAACUUCCCAACUCUCUGCGACACUGCCUCUCUCUCCCUUUCCAUUUCGAGCGCUUGGUCAGCUCCUCUUUUGAGAUGUGCUGUGUUCUGCAACUCUUCCGUGUCUAAUAGUUUACCAAAAUGCAAAGAAGCAAAUAAGUACCCAAAAGCCGAUAAUCGAGCUUUAUAUUUGUUGCUGAAUGGAAAAGCAAUUCUUGCGAACAGAUCAAACAGCACAGAAUGCACACAGAAACACCUCUGCUACUGGCAUGUUGUUUCCCUUCAAUUCCGUAUGAAGAAGUUGUUGGAAAGCAUGUGUUGAAGAAAAGUGAUGGGUUUCAAGUUAAUGAUACUUGCACUAAGCUGAGGAGGAAGGAAACACCAGAAGCUUUAUAGUAAAUUGUAAAUCUCAGUUGUGUCAAUCUGCAGUCUUUAUCUCCAUGAAGCUUACAUGUUUGAGCAAAGGAAUGGGUUUUCAUUUCCCUCCAUGUCACAUAUUUAAUAUAUGUGGGUUUCAGAUAUUACUUGAUUGCCCUUUGGAUCUCUCAAGCCUCACAAUCUUCUCGCCUAUUCCCACUGAUUCUUGUACUCUGCCGGAUGAUGAAACUUCCAAUUGUUCAAAUGAUUUAGAGUCCAUGGACCGAAAGAGGCAGAAAAUUGAAAAGCCUCUUAAUGCAAAUGAUCUAAUAAAGGCUGAGCCUUGGUUCAAGACUGUUACGAACUUGCACCUGUGGGACAUUUCUUUUAUUGAUAUUGUAUUGAUCUCAAGUCCAGAGGGCCUGCUUGGGUUGCCAUUUCUUACUCGAACUAAGGGUUUCUCUGCUAAGGUAUAUGUGACUGAAGCAACAUCAAGAAUUGGGCAGCUUAUGAUGGAGGAUCUUAUUUCAAUGCAACAAGAAUUCAGGCAAUUUUAUGGACCUGAGGGCUCUUGUUUUCCUCAAUGGAUGAAGUGGGAGGAGCUUGAAGUGCUUCCAUCUUCAUUGAGAGAGAGAGCAUUAGGCAAAGAUGGGUCAGAGUUAGGUGGUUGGAUGCCUUUGUACAGUGCAGCUGAUGUGAAGGAUUGCAUCCAAAAGGUUCAAGCUCUUAAAUAUUCUGAAGAAACCUGCUACAAUGGGGCAUUGGUCAUAAGUGCAGCCAGCUCUGGUUUAGAAAUAGGCACAUGCAAUUGGUUGAUUAAUUCUCCAAAAGGAAAUAUUGCAUGUCUUUCAAGCUCCAUUUUGGUUUCUGCUCUUGCAAUGAGUUUUGAUUACCAUGCUGUUCAAGGAAAUGAUCUUAUCUUGUACUCAGAUGUUUCGUUUCUAAAUGUCUCUGGAGGGAUUGGGGAUGAUGAGAAUUGUGCUGCUUGUAACAAUUUCUCAAAUCUCAGUGUUGAUACUGAUGACAUGGAAGCAUUGAAUGAAUUUUUGCUUGGUACUGAUGAUAGCUUGGAGGAAAUUGAGAAACUAGCAUUUAUAUGCUCCUGCAUAAUAGAGUCUAUUAAAGCUGGAGGUUCGGUUGUUAUUCCCAUUGGUCGGCUUGGAAUUGUUCUGCAGCUUUUGGAGCUGAUAUCAAUUUCCCUUGAAUCUUCACAUCUGAAGGUUCCCAUGUUUAUUAUCUCUUCUGUAGCAGAAGAAUUACUGGCAUAUACAAAUGUCAUACCAGAAUGGCUAUGCAAGCAACGGCAGGAAAAGUUAUAUUCUGGUGAACCAUUGUUUGCGCAUGUAGAGCUCAUAAAAGAGAAAAGGCUUCAUUUGUUUCCUGCAGUUCAUUCUCCUAAGCUGUUAACACUAUGGCAGGAACCUUGCAUAGUAUUUUCUCCUCAUUGGAGUCUGCGGCUUGGUCCAGCUGUUCAUUUGCUUCGACAUUGGUGUGGGGAUCACAACUCAUUACUUGUUAUGGAGGAAGGUGUGGAUGCUGAUUUAGCUCUUUUGCCUUUCAAGCCAAUGGCAAUGAAGGUUCUUCAGUGUUCAUUUCUUUCUGGAAUAAAGUUGCACAAAGUUCAGCCUUUGUUGAAAAUAUUGCAGGCAAAAUUUAUUGUGAUGCCUGAAGACUUGGGGCAACGAAUUGGAAUUUCAAGCACAAAUGCAUUCUCAUUGCUCUGUUUCUCUGAAAAUGAGACAUUACGCAUCCCGAGGCUCAAGGACACUGCUGAACUGGAGAUUGCAGCAGAGUUGGCUUCCCAGUUUAAUUGGAGAAGGUUGAAGGGAGAAAGCACAAACAUCACAAGAUUAAUGGGAGAUCUCUUCAUAGAUCACGGCAAAUAUCGUCUGGUCCCUGGAAAUCUGGCAGGCUCCUCUGGAAGUAAACCACUGAUUCACUGGGGUUCACUUGGUUCGAAAAGGCUCCUGCUUGCAUUAGAGAAGAUGGGUAUUCGUGGAUCUGUAAAUCCAGGUUUUGGCGAGGCUGGAUCAGAUAGUGCUUGUAUCAUACAUGUCCAUGAGCCCAAGAAGGCUACAAUAGAAAUCCAAGAAACAAGGACUAUUAUCAGCGCAGCUGAUGAGAAUUUUGCUUCCCUUAUAUUUGAAGCUGUGGAUGGCGUCUUGAAUGGCAUAUAAAAGAGGCAGUGCUCCUGUGUAUUUGUUUAAUUAUUCUUGUCUGUAAAUUAUUCAAAUCUACCCUCAGAAACCCACUUCUCGGUAAAUUGAACUCAAUAGUUCCAAAUAUUACAGCACAAGAACACUUUAUUCUAUUUUCAAUUAAUUAAUUAAUUUACUUUGGUUUCAAAUUUAAAA